GACCUAGUCAUGGCAACGACGACACUUCGUCAGAGAGCUUUGAGCGAUUGUCUGAAGAGAAUGUGUUUCGAUCAAGAGAUGGAGAGCAACCCAGCAAUGAGGAGAUUCCGCAUCAAUCCUUGAUCACCCUGAGAUGUCCCUCCAGAUCACGAAGGUCGGCGAGGCUCUUCAGGUCGUCUCUAAUCUCCUUGGUAACGUGGAAGGCAUCAGUCAGCUCUCACAGGUCAUACCACAGAUCCUCCGUCUCGUCCGACAGAUGAAAUCACAAAAGAUGCUGAGACAUGUGUUUGAAGAGGAGAAUUCUAACCUGAAGCAAGAUUUGCAGGGAGCAAAUGAAAUCAUCAGAGAGUUAAGGGAUAAAAUCGAAAAGCUUGAAAUGGAAAUCCAGGAUCUGAAGAAGGCCAGUGAGGAUAAAUCUCUGAAGGACUUUGACUACGUGACUAGGAAAGAGGCAGCCGAUGUGAAACAGGAGGAGAAAAAGCAUGAACAGAUGACAUCGUCAGCUCAGACACCUGCUCAAGCAUCAUCAAGCGAGGGAGUAUCAGUCGAAGCCUACGAAAGUCUGCAGAAAAAGAUAAUAACACUCAAGCAGAAGUUGGCUCAAGUUGUGAAACUGAAUCAUUCUUGGGAUGAGCAAUACCAUCGAAUGGAGGUUGCUCUCAAACAAGAACUAGAGGGCACCAAACUGAUGAUGCAAGAAAGAAACCAAGAAGUGGAGAGGAGAGAGAAAGAGAGGGAUGAAAUUCUAGUUGCAGCUAAACAUAGGAUGGAAGAACUUGAGGCUGGAAAGGCCGAUCUCCAGAAGAACCAUGACCAAACCAAGCAACAGCUUGCUAAAGUGAACCGCUAUGCUGUCUCCCUUCAGGGCCACAAACAAGAGCUAGAAACUGAGGUUAAGAGAUUGAAUGAGGCUCUUGAGCAGAAACUCCAGGUGAAGGAGAAGAAGCCUGUUGCUGUGGCGCCGCCUCCUUUCCGUCGUAACGAGAUGAGCAAACCCAAGAAAGGAGACGAGGCAAUCCUUCUUAGUCAUGAAGAAAGAUCCAUCCUUGCUAGCUUGUCACAAAAUGAACUAAUUGAAGAACUUGGCCUACUCAAACAACAGGUUGAUGUGUACAAGAGUGAUUUCUACAAGGAGCAGAGAGAUCGUCAACGAGCCAAUGGUGAAGUGGAUGAGAUCAAGACGGAACUGCACAGGACCAAGAAGAAGAUGGAGAAACAGAAGCAGGAACUCCAGAUUAUGAAGGACCAGGCCCUGGCUUACCAGUUCCAUGCAGAUGAACAGAAGCGUCCCGCUGCUGUUCCACGUCGAGAAAGACCACGCUCAUCGAAUCCUCAGGAUAACGUGUAUGAACUCUUAGGUGUUGACCGAGCCCAAAACUACCCUCGACGUUACGUUAAACAGAGGAAAGAGAAAGACUUGGUUCCUCAUGGAGUCAACUAUGCCAUGAAUGAUGAGUAUGUCGACGCCCAGGAAGAAUUCCAGAUCUGCUAUCCCCCAGACUCCUCCGAGCAUGGCACUCUGGAUAGGAGUGAUGACCAUUUCCUCUUUACCCAGAAGUAAUCAUGAUAUGAAGUUUAAAAAAACCUCCUUUAUUUGAUUUAACUCACUUGUAUUUAUGAGCAAGUUUGUCAAAAUAUAUUAUGCUUUUCAAAAUGAAAGUAUAAAGAAAAUGUGCAAAAUAUCACAGAAUUUAAACACAAGAUGCAUCAGUUAAUAUGAAUAGCAUUGUGAAAGUUGUAUGUUUGUCAAGCAAAGCGAAGAAAAAUAUAACAAAUCAACAAAAGGUGUCGUCGAGUGGAUACGUCUCCGGACCGGAUCGCUUAGUCUAUCGUUCGAGUCCCGCCGCGGCACUAAUGUCAUUUGGCAAGACAUUAAUCUAAAUUUACCACAUUUGACCCAGGUGAUGUAAGUGGGUACCUGGCUGGAAUUAAAUCCUUGAAAUGCUAAAGCGCCAUAAUGGCAGCCAUGCAUGCUAAAGCUAAUUAACUAGUAAAUGUUUAUGGAAUAUCUUUUUCAUUUAGAGUACCAUGCUUACCAUGUAAUAAUUAUUUUGAAUACAAAAAUAUCUUUAUAAUAUCGUAUACGUAUUCAUAUAUACUUUGUAACUUCAUUUCCAUUAUGGUUAUUGCCAGAAAUGCUUAUAUCCUCCUAUACAAUCAUUAACCUACUGGCAUCAAUGGAAUAUAAAUCCAAUGUCAAUCAAGAUAUAGAUAUAUAAUUAUAUUUUCAUAAUAUUUAUUAAUUAUUACUUCAAGAGUAUAUUAAGUACUUGAUGUUAUGUAAUUUUCUUGGUGUAUUUUUGAAUGAUAUAUUUGGUAUCUAGUCUUGAAACAUACAUCCUCUUCUUUUGCAUACAGAGUUUAAGGUUUGUUACUUUUUUAAUUUUGAGGACGGAAUUUUGAAAACUACCGGUAUGAUAUAGGAAAUAUUAGAUAAGUGUACAUACUUACACUACUUUUAAUCUUCAAUAAGGUUUUCCAAAAUUUGAAACUAUAAGGCUUCUUACUGUACUUGAUUUUUAAGUUCAUAAAGGUACCAGUAGACACUUUUCU